GUGGCGGAGGGCUUCCGGCUUCCGAGUGUGGGUUAGUGAUGGGGAGUGCGAACUCCGGAGCAGGCGUCAAGGAGGAGACCUCCACGGAGGGAGACGGCGGAGGAGGAGACGCCGCUACAGCCGCCGCCCCGGACGCCUCCGAUCCUAGCGCCGACGGUGCCUUCGUCGAGGGCGAGAAGGUCCUCGCCUACCAUGGCCCUCUCAUCUACGAAGCCAAGGUUCAAAAAGCCGAAUUGCGAAAGGAUGAAUGGAGAUAUUUUGUCCAUUAUCUUGGUUGGAGCAAGAAGUAUGUCUUGGUGCAACUUUGGGAUGAAUGGGUUGGGACUGAUCGUUUGUUGAAGCUGACUGAUGAAAACAUUCAUAAGCAGCAGGCGCUAGAAAAGAACCAGAACACCGAUAAAAACCCAAAGUCUGGAAGGUCAACACAAAAUAAGCCAAAAGAUUCAAAAUUGGAUAAAGAGGAUCCUAGGAGCACUGUGUCAAAGGGCAAGAAGCGGAAGGCUCAGUCUGGUGUUGAGGAUGACAAGAGAACAUCAGAGAAUCUUGUAAAAUUACAAUUUCCUUUGACUCUUAAGAAGCAGCUGGUUGAUGAUUGGGAAUUUGUUACCCAGCUGGGUAAGUUAGUCAAGCUUCCACGUUCUCCAAAUGUUGAUGACAUCCUAAAAAAGUACCUUGAUUACCGGACAAAGAAGGAUGGGAUGAUCGCUGAGUCGGUUGGCGAGAUUUUGAAAGGGUUGCGUUGCUAUUUUGACAAAGCAUUACCAGCAAUGCUUUUGUACAAAAAAGAGCGGCAACAAUAUCAUGAAGCAGUUCGUGAUGAUGUGUCUCCCUCAACAGUGUAUGGAGCUGAACAUCUGUUACGUCUUUUUGUCAAGUUGCCUGAAUUACUUGCCUAUGUCAACAUGGAGGAGGAAGCACUUGUGAAAUUACAGCAGAAACUGUUGGACUUUCUCAAGUUUUUGCAGAAAAACCAGAGCGUCUUCUUUCUUUCGACAUAUGAUGGUUCCGCAGGAAUGGAUGAAUCUGAUACCAAAUAGAAGUCAUCUGUUCUCAGUGUUAUUUCCAUGCAUCUCUUUUAUGGCCUGGUUUUGUUGUAUGUCUUAGUUUAUGUUGCUCAGAGUUUUGCAGGAAAAAAUUGUAGCUUUAAUUUGACAAUGGUACAAAUGAGAUGGUGACCAUCAGUACCGGGUCAUGAGAUGUUUUAAACCGAUUAGAAAUGACGUGCGAAACUAUGUUGCAUUCAACUGGUCAUGUAAUUGGACUUGUAGAUGUUAAUUGCCACA